GGCCGGGAGCCCGCGGUGCCUGGAGGAGCCUCGGGAAUGCCCGCGCCGGGGGAGCGGACGCCGGCCGGCCCGCGGGGCCCGGGGAGGAUCUGAAGGUCACCGGGAACUGAGCGCCCAGUCACCUGACCCUCGGGCGCACCUAGGCGGGGCGGGGCCCAUGCGAGGCGGGCGGCACGGGCCGGGGCGGCGGGGACGCGCGGCGGGCGAGGGCGCGGCUGGGCACCGCCGCCAGGCAGCCUCGCCAUGUCCCAGCCGGCCGGGAGGAUGCACUGCCGAAAGGCGGGGAUCCGAGCCGCCGUGGUGCUCAUUGGACUCCUGCACAAAUCUCGGAAACAGAAUAAAGAGAAAAGGAAGCAGGAGCUGGCCAACAGCUCGGAUGUUACCCUCCCUGAUCGGCCACUCUCCCCUCCUCUCACUGCACCCCCAACCAUGAAGUCUGCGGAGUUCUUCGAGAUGCUGGAGAAAAUGCAGGGGAUCAAGCUUGAAGAGCAGAGGCCAGGACCCCAGAAGAACAAGGAUGACUAUAUCCCGUAUCCCAGCAUUGAAGAGGUUGUGGAGAAGGGAGGCCCAUACCCUCUCAUCAUCCUGCCCCAGUUUGGGGGUUACUGGAUUGAAGACCCAGAGAAUGUGGGUACCCCAACGUCACUGGGCAGCAGCGUUUAUGAGGAGGAAGAAGACGACAGCCUGAGUCCCAACACAUUCGGCUACAAGCUCGAGUGCAGGGGUGAAGCCAGGGCCUACAGAAGGCACUUUCUGGGCAAGGAUCAUCUAAACUUUUACUGUACUGGCAGCAGCCUGGGGAACUUGAUCCUGUCCAUCAAAUGUGAGGAAGCUGAGGGCAUUGAGUACCUUCGGAUCAUCCUCAGGUCCAAGGUGAAGACAGUGCAUGAGCGAAUCCCCUUGGCUGGACUGAGCAAGCUGCCCAGUGUCCCACAGAUCGCCAAGGCUCUCUGUGACGACGCAGUGGGGCUGAAGUUCAGCCCUGUCCUGUACCCCAAGGCCUCUCAGAUGAUUGUGUCCUAUGAUGAGCAUGAUGUCAACAACACUUUCAAGUUUGGGGUCAUUUAUCAAAAAGCCAGGCAGACCCUGGAGGAGGAGCUAUUUGGGAACAAUGAGGAGAGCCCAGCUUUCAAGGAAUUUUUGGAUCUCCUGGGGGACACCAUCACACUGCAGGAUUUCAAAGGUUUCCGAGGAGGCCUGGAUGUGACCCACGGACAGACAGGGGUGGAGUCAGUGUACACCACUUUCCGGGACCGCGAGAUCAUGUUCCAUGUCUCUACCAAGCUGCCCUUCACGGAUGGUGACACCCAGCAGCUGCAGAGAAAGCGGCACAUUGGGAAUGACAUUGUGGCCAUCAUCUUUCAAGAAGAAAACACUCCCUUUGUCCCGGACAUGAUCGCGUCAAACUUCUUACAUGCUUAUAUCGUUGUUCAGGCUGAGAGCACAGGCGCAGAGACCCCAUCCUACAAGGUAUCGGUCACUGCACGGGAAGACGUGCCUGCCUUUGGCCCUCCUCUGCCAAGCCCGCCCGUUUUCCAGAAGGGUGCAGAAUUCCGGGAGUUUCUGCUCACCAAGCUCACGAACGCAGAGAAUGCUUGCUGCAAGUCGGACAAGUUCGCCAAGCUGGAGGACCGGACCCGGGCUGCUCUCCUGGACAACCUUCACGAUGAACUCCACACACACACUCAGGUCAUGCUAGGCCUGGGCCCAGAGGAGGACAAGUUUGAGAAUGGGGCCCAUGGAGGAUUCCUGGAGUCUUUUAAGAGAGCCAUCCGUGUGCGCAGCCAUUCCAUGGAGACCAUGGUAGGUAGCCAGAGGAAGCUGCAUGGUGGCAACAUUCCUGGCAGUCUCAGUGGGGGCAUUGUCCACAACAGCAUGGAGGUCACCAAGACCACCUUCUCGCCUCCAGUGGCCGCAGCAGCCGUGAAGAACCAGUCAAGGAGCCCCAUCAAGCGGCGGUCGGGCCUCUUCCCCCGCCUACACUCGGGCUCUGACAGCCAGGGGGACAGCCGGACACGAUGUGACAGUGCCUCCAGCACUCCCAAAACCCCAGAUGGCGGACAUUCUUCUCAGGAGAUAAAGUCUGAGACCUCAUCAAAUCCCAGCUCUCCAGAAAUCUGUCCCAACAAAGAGAAGCCCUUCAUAAAGUUGAAGGAGAAUGGCCGGGCCAACAUCUCCCGCUCCUCCUCCAGCACCAGCAGCUUCAGCAGCACAGCAGGGGAGGGUGAGGCCAUGGAGGAGUGUGACAGUGGGAGCAGCCAGCCAUCCACAACCUCGCCCUUCAAGCAGGAGGUGUUUAUCUACAGCCCGUCCCCGAGUGGCGAGAGCCCCAGCCUGGGGGCCGCAGCCACUCCCAUCAUCAUGAGCCGGAGUCCCACAGAUGCCAAAAGCAGAAACUCCCCGAGGUCAAACCUGAAAUUCCGCUUUGAUAAACUCAGCCAUGCUAGCUCCAGUGCGGGUCACUAAUGUGAAAGCAGAGUCCUUCUCCUGUUCAAGGGAAGCGUUGAUUCUGCCUGCAGAAGGCUCCUAAUUCCAGCAGUUUGGGGGUGCCAUCACUGCUCUGACCGUUGAGGCCUGCUGUCUCACUGGCCUCCUGCUCAGCAGACUAGCUGUCCAUACCAUGUCCUGACCUGGCCAUGGCCUUGCCGGCUCCUUCUCCAACAGACCUGAAAGCUCCAUCCCGUACUCCCGACCUCCUGAUGUGACCAGCUACCUGAGUCAGCUGUUAUCUUGUUUUACCUGCAGGAAAAGAGUUGGGCAAGGGGGACUCCGAGUCCCAGGGUGCCCUGAGGGGGUUGUGUGGUGGGGAGCAGAGGUAACCGCAGAAUGGUUAGUUGGUGCUGUCUGUCUUGGGUCACAGUACAGUGCCUUCCUGGACAUGGCGGAAGGGCUGCUUUUCCAGGGAUAUCCCAGCAGCCUCCAGGAUGUAUCUCACUGCACUUGUGACACAUCUGCUGGCCCAGGCCUAGGGGGCUGUGUCCCUGCUGCCAGAGUUUCCUCAGGGGGCUCAGAGGGCUUCCUGGUAGAAGGUCAGAGUCAGAGCUGGGUGUGUCCAGAACCUGGCUGCAUGCUUCCUUGGCUGUGGUCUCCAGGUUUUUUAUUUUUUUUUUCUAAUUUUACACAAGCUGCUGCUGAUCCCUCUGGUGGGAGCAGACAGCCAGUGACGGCCAGUGCAGGGAUAUUUGUUGGUUGAGGAAAGCUUCUGGGUGAGAAGGCUCCCCUGGGGUCCAGGUUUCCACUUUUGUGAGAAUUUGGAAAAGACGUGGUUCAAUGCUCCCCUUAGGAAGGAGAGAGGGAAGAGCUGUAGCUGGGGGGACUUGGCAAGUUUUGGUCAUUCCAGUGUGUGGUGCUUGAACUUAGUGUUGGAUACAGUACAGUGUCCCUCCACCUCUGUGUCCCCAGCAUCUGUGAGGGACCCGGUACUGCCUGGGAGCUGCUUCUAGGCUCAGUUCCCAGUCCUCCUCUUCCCAUCUCCAGCUGCAGCUCCCCAGGCAGCUGUCCAUUGUCAGGGCUCCUGGAAGCUGGGCCCCACAAGCCUGUGCUUUACACACCACAGGCCGUCUGUGCUCCUUGCCAUGACCUUCUUUGGGUGAGCCCGGCCCCUUUGGCUCCUCAGCCUUCCCCAUUUGCAGGGCUCUUCUGCUUUUGGGUGUAGGGUGGAGCAUCCAUCAGGCUAAACAUUGGGUCUGAACAGCAGGUGUUUGAAGGUCCCACCCCAUUAGGUACACACAGGCCUGUGGCACAGGGCUGCGAGGUUCUGCCCUGCUUCAGUGAGCAGAUGACGAGAUUUCCAACCAGGUUCUCUGUCUGCGUAGGCUCUUCUUCCCAAACCACAGUACAGAAGGAUGGCGCAGGCUGUGGGGCUGGCAUUGUAACUGUGUCCCCACCACUGAACACAAUUUCCACCCUCAUUCCCACACACUUGUUGCAUUCAGGGGAGGACGACCUCUCCCCUCACUCUACUUGGGAAACCUGCUUACGUGAGAUACUAGUCUGGUGAGAUUUGCUCUAGUUAGAAGGUCAGCAGAAUAUCUGUUUAGCUUUGAUUAAACAAACGCCAGCGCAGUGGCACCCACUGCUGGAAGGAGGCGGGUGGAUUCUGGCAGUGUUCUGCUGGCAGGUCUCCGCCUGAACUUGAAAGGUCAAACUGUGUUUUCUUUGAAACUCUCAUAGGUCCCUGGCUCCCUUCUCUGGGUUGGACACUUUUACCUUUGCUCAGUGGUUGCGGUGUGUUGCAUUAUGGUCUGGGGGUCCUGAGGGGCUUCCAGGUUGUCCCGCACUGUCUGGAAACCUUACAAGCCUUGUCUACACUGCUUUGGCUACUUUGCCUGCAGGUGUGGCCUCCGGACCAGGUGUUGCCCUGCUCCUAGGCCAGUGAGCAGGGUGGAUGACUGUGUCCAGAGGAACUGAGAGGAACUGGGCUGGGAUCUUUCCCACCCUUGGUUUGCUGCUGAGAUCCUCUGAGCAGGAAUUGAGACGCCCCUGCCCUCUGCCCAGGCCUCUAGCUGGCAGGUCCAUCCUGUGGCUUCCAGAGUAUACACAAGCAGCCCCACUGCAGUUCCCUGCUGAGUGGGAGGGAGGCCACGGCAGGGCCCAGCCUCCUCUCAGCCCUCGGGACUGGAGACUGUUCCUCCCACACUCUGCUCCAGUUUUUCCUUUCAUGGCUGUACUUAGUCUUAGGGCUCAAAGUCUUGCUGAAGCCCCUUUAUGGGCCUGGUUUUUUGUAGACGAUGCUUCUGCUUGUAUUUGGAGACAUUUUCACUGUUACCUCCACAAGGGGUUUUCUUGGUCACAACUCUGGCCUUGGGGUCUGCCUGAGUCACUGAAGAAGCUAUUUUGCAGGUUGAGUAGGUACCCAGAUGCCCCCAGCUCUGUGGCUACAUCAAAACAGAUGUGGGAAAGCUCCAGGGAGGAGUCUUAGCUAGAGUCUGUCUGUGAGAAUGAAUGUCAAAUGGUGUUUCUUGGAAAAUAAUCUGUGGCUCAGUUUUGUGGGCACCAUUUGAUACUCAAGCCUUCUGGACUCUGUUGGCCUCUCGUCCAACCACGCCAUCUUCCAGAUGAGCAGAAAGAACUUGCCUGAGGCCACACAGCCACCUAGUGGCAAAGCCGUCACAAGACUCACAGCUUUUGGUUCUUUCCUGUGUGUCAACUGUACCUGCUGUUGGUGGAGUAACAGUCAUGGGGCUCGGCCCGGUUUUUAGGGAAGCCUGGUGGCUGGGGUCUCUGCACUGCAGGGAGGUGCCGGGGUUGGAGGGCGUUGGUAGGGCCUCGGUCUCUGCUGGUUUUUGUCAUGAACAAUCUUGGUCAGUGAGGACCCUGAGGCUUGAGUGAGGGAAAUGGAGGGGUGGGGCAGAUUCCAGCAAAGUGCUUCUUGUAUCUUCAGUGACUGGGCAACAUAACUCGGGCAAAGAUUCCUUGGCUACCCUUGGCUUCCUUGUUCUAAGUCAGGAUAGAAAGCGAUGAAAGAGCUAAUUCUCUGCUCUGUCUUCUUCCUCUCUCCAUCCCUUCCUCUUUCUGGUGGUGCUGGGGAUGAACCCAAGGCCUUGCUCAUGCUGACAGUACCCUGCUGCUGAGCUACACCCCAGGCCUCCCCGCUUUGAACAUGGAGAUGGGUUAAAAGUCCAUGUCAGGCGACGAGGCAGGACUCAGCCAGUUUCGUUUUCCUUGCUUUGACCCUUGAAGGUGCCAACUCAAACAUUUCCUUUUGUUCUUUGUUUCUUAAUCCGUAAAGACAGCUGUGUUGUGGGGCAAAGCCUGGGUUCAGGCCGAGCUUAUGGCUUCUAGGCUAGCUGGGACCAGGCUAGUCAGCCAUGCUCUGGACCCCCCCCCCCAUGUUCUCCUCCAGCUUCUAGUCACCGCUCAAUCGAAGGCAGGGGCAGAUUGGUAGGGUGAGCAAGGCUGUCCUAUGGCCCGGUAGAGGCACCACCAGUUCCUUGCCGACACCAAUCCCACGUCUCUUUUCAGCUGGGUUGUGAGCCCCUUUGGGAGAAAGAAGACACCGCCCAGAGCCCAAGGCAGCCUGCCUGGCGAGCUCUGGUCUGGGCCCGACUGUUACCAGGAGAUAGUGUGCUUGGCUGGAAGACUGGAAUUAGGUGUCUUUGGCUUUGUGACUUUUCCACGUGAAAGGGUGAAAUUCCCCUCCCUGCUCCUUAGCUGUCUGCCAACUCUUCCUCCUUGUGAUGUCACCCCUUGACCUCCGGCUCCCAGGGUGCCGGUGUCUCCACGUGAAGAGAUGCUUGUGUGGUAGAACCUAAGAGGUGUAGUUUGGAAGUGACCCCUGUGACGAUGACUUUUCUUUGCUUCCUCUCAGUGAGGGGGUGAUUUGUAGAUCCAGACUGCCUAUGUAAUGUAAAUAGUGUACAUUUAAUUUAUUGCUAUGGUAGCACAUUGUAUUUGUUAAUGUAUAAAACAAAUUCUAAAAGGUUGACAAAUGUAUAUUUUGUUGCUUAAAUGUGUCUUUGCAGAAAUUGACAAUAAAUAACAUAUUUUGUGUCCA